GAAAACCCCGGGUUUCGCAACCAGUCAGGAGUGGGGAUAUGUUUGAUGUAGCCAUUUUGGUCAAAGCUCAGCUAGCUGGAUUGACAACUGUCCACGCCAUGAUGCAGCCCAUGGAGUUUCCGUCGACGCGCCCCAGCCUGUGCCUCCGCGCCGCGUCCGUCGCGCCGAGCGCGUCCGUCGCGCCGGCCGGAGCUCGUGGGAUUGGAGUGGAUGGGCUCCUCAAGGUCGCUCCGGCGGCAGCUGCAAUGGCCCUGGCUGCCAGGGCGAAGCGGGUGAAAGUGAAGAUGCAGAAGGGCAAAUCAGGCUCAGAACCGCGCAAGAUGGCCGCUUGGGAGAAGGACUUUCGCAAGAAGUUCGGCGAUGAGUCCAUUGUGGACUUGAAGAAGGCCAAAAUGGAGGUGCCCACCUUUUCCACUGGUGCCCUCACGCUGGACAUGGCUCUCGGCGGCGGACUCCCAUAUGGUCGAAUGGUGGAAGUCUACGGGCCCGAGCAGAGCGGCAAAACCACCCUGGCCACCACCUGUUGCAUCUCCGCGCAGCAGACCGGGCGCAGGAAGAAGUGCGCCUACAUCGACGUGGAGCAGGCCUUUGACCUGAACUAUGCCAAAGCCAUGGGCUUGAACAUCGACGAAGACGUCUUUGUGUUUUGCUCGCCGACCUCAGCGGAGAAAGCUUUGGAAAUGGCCAUCGAUCUCACCAAGUCAAAUAAUUUUGAUCUGGUCGUCAUCGACAGUGCUGCCGCCCUGUGCCCAGAUGAGGAAGAUCAGAAAGAUAUGGCGGAUCACUCCAUGGCCCUUCGGGCUAGGCUGCUGAGCAAGUUCUGUCGCAAGGUGACGGGACCCGCCGCGGAUAGCGGGACCACGAUCUUUAUCAUCAACCAGAUGCGUGCCAACAUCGGUGGCUAUGGCCUCGCAGAAGACACAGUGGGGGGCAAGGCCAUCAAGUACCAUGCCUCGGUGCGCAUGGAAGUGCGUUCGCCGAAGUCCGGGAUGAUUGGCACCGCGGAGCAACCCACAGGCAUCCGCUGCAGGGUGAAGAUUGUCAAGAACAAGCUGGCAGCACCACAUCGUGUGGCUGAGUACGACAUCAUCUUCGGCAAGGGCAUCUCCUGGGAGAGUUGUCUCCUGGAGGCGGGCAUCGAGAAGAACCUGGUGGAGAAGAAAGGGGCCUGGUUGCAGUACGGCGAGCACAAGGUGCAAGGCAAGGAGAAGAUGGUGAAGUACCUGGAGGAGGAUCCGGAGGCGAGCAAGAAGUUGGAGGCCGAAAUCCGCGCCGGCAAAGAAGUGCCUGAGGUGGCCGAGGAGGAGCUCGAGCUUGUGACACCGGAGCUGGCGGUGUGACCGUUGAACCCGGAGCUGAACCAGCGGCAAGGUGUGCCAACUGUGAUU